CCGGUCGUUGUGUCAGAAACAUGGCGGCUUUCAGUAAAUAUCUAACUGCGAAGAACUCCUCAAUAGCAGGCGGCAUUUUGCUGGUUUUAUACCUGCUCAAACAUAGAAGACGGACGCCAAAACCGGAUGGUAGAAAAGGAGGGUCAGAUCUUGUGCUGAACACUGAGAAAGAUGGAAGAAAAGAUCGUGCAGCAGUGGACAAGGUUUUCUUCCUCCGGAUCAUCCAAAUUCUGCGGAUCAUGGUACCUCGAGUUUUCUGCAUGGAGACAGGCUACCUUAUCCUUAUCGCUGCCAUGUUGGUGGCCAGGACCUACUGUGACGUAUGGAUGAUCCAGAAUGGCACCAUGAUUGAAAGUGGUAUUAUAAGCAGAGACAUCAGUUUAUUCAAGAAGCACUUUUAUUCCUACAUAUCAGUCAUACCAGGGAUUGCCUUGGUGAACAACUUCCUCAAGUUAGGCCUAAAUGAACUGAAGCUGAGGUUUCGUGAGAGGCUCACAAAGAAAUUGUACGACCAGUACCUGCAAGGUUUCACCUACUACAAAAUGGGAAACCUGGACAACAGGAUAGCCAAUGCAGAUCAGCUACUGACACAAGAUGUGGAGAAAUUCUGCAACAGUGUGGUGGACCUUUACUCCAACCUGAGCAAGCCUCUGUUGGAUAUUGGUCUGUACAUCUUCAAGCUGACAAGUGCCAUUGGUGCUCAGGGCCCAGCCAGCAUGAUGGCCUACCUGCUGAUCUCAGGUCUGUUCCUGACCAGACUGAGGAGACCAAUAGGCAAGAUGACAGUCACAGAGCAGCGCUACGAGGGAGAGUACCGCUAUGUCAACUCCCGCCUCAUCACCAACAGUGAGGAGAUUGCCUUCUACAAUGGGAAUAUGAGGGAAAAGCAAACCAUCCACACCACAUUCAAGAAACUGGUGGACCACUUACAUAACUUCAUCUUCUUUCGCUUCUCCAUGGGCUUUGUGGACAGCCUAAUUGCCAAGUAUUUGGCUACUGUCGUGGGCUACCUGGUGGUUAGCCGGCCAUUCUUAAACCUGUCCCACCCCCGACACCUGCACAGCACACACUCCGAGUUGCUGGAGGACUACUACCAGAGUGGGAGAAUGCUUCUGAGAAUGUCCCAGGCCCUGGGCAGGAUAGUACUGGCUGGCCGAGAGAUGACCCGCCUCUCAGGAUUCACAGCUCGUAUCACUGAACUUAUGAAAGUCCUCAAAGAGCUGAAUGCUGGCAGAUAUGAACGCACCAUGGUCUCCCAGCAGGAGAAGGAAUCAGACAAUGCAGAGAAACUUGUACUGGUGCCUGGAAGUGGUCAAAUUAUCAACAGAGAUAACAUCAUCAAAUUUGACCAUACCCCACUAGCAACACCCAAUGGAGACAUCUUGAUAAGAGACCUCACAUUUGAAGUAAGGUCUGGCACCAAUGUUCUUGUGUGUGGACCAAAUGGCUGUGGAAAGAGCUCUCUUUUCAGAGUGCUUGGAGAGCUCUGGCCACUGUUUGGAGGAAACCUGACAAAACCUGAGAGAGGGAAACUCUUCUAUGUUCCACAGAGACCCUACAUGACUCUGGGUUCUCUGAGGGAUCAAGUCAUUUAUCCUGACACCUACGAAGAGCAGAGGAGGAAAGGCAUCUCUGAUCAGGUGUUGAAGGAGUACCUGGACAAUGUUCAGCUGGGUCACAUUCUGGAAAGGGAGGGCAGCUGGAACUCUGUCCAAGACUGGAUGGAUGUCCUCAGUGGAGGAGAGAAGCAGAGGAUGGCUAUGGCCAGACUGUUCUACCAUAAGCCCCAGUUUGCCAUUCUGGAUGAGUGCACCAGUGCCGUGAGUGUGGAUGUGGAGGAUUACAUCUACAGCCACUGCAGGACGGUGGGAAUCACCUUGUUCACAGUGUCCCACAGGAAGUCUCUGUGGAAGCACCACGAGUAUUAUCUCCACAUGGAUGGGAGAGGAAACUACGAGUUCAAGCCCAUCACAGAGGAAACUGUGGAGUUUGGCUCAUAACUGACUGCUGAUAUUAGCCACAAAUGCACUACUCUUGAUGAAACCAGUCCGUUAAUUAUUUCCACUAAGACAGAAGAUAUAGUUAAACCUAGAAAAUAAUGUUUUAAUCAUUUGUAACGCUCAGCCUUGUUUCCUUUUUUCUAAUUUAAAGCAUCUCUUUUGUCCUGUGUAAUCAUUAAUUUGUUCAGUGUAAUUAUAAAACACCUGUAAUUUAAAUUGCCAUGGUCUAGAUUGUGUACACACAUUGAAGAUGACUGAGUGAAGGUGGAAGUAUACCAUACUGUUUUUUUAGCCAUCUCUGCACAUGCACUAAUAUCUCACAGCAGUAAUAUAGCUAGAUACCAUUGUGGUCUUUCUGGCGUCAUGUUCCACAGUAAAUGGUGUCCCAUUGACCCAGCUGUUUGACAUGAAUGUUUUUUAGGUGCUUUUACUGUAGCAUGGCAGCAAGCCUCUUGAGUAAACUCUGGUGGAAGGCCGGCUCUUUUCUGUUUUACUUCUUCUGAUUCAUGGCCAUCCUACCUACAUAUCACUGUCCUGGAUGGCUGUUGGAGGGAACAGGAACCUUACACUCCCCCCAGGACCUUUGAAAAUUUUAAUUCAUCAGAAGGAAGUCUGUCUCCCAAGAGACUUCUCAUAAGACAAAGUAUGACAAAACAUGACUUAGCCUGAUGGAGAUUUCCAAUUAAGACAGUACAACCCAUGUUUAAUCAAAUCAUGGUGCAGAAUUUCUUUCUGCUCAUAAAUUGGUGUGCUGCUGUCAUCAUUUCACUGUGUUAGCACUGGGGGUGAGCAUAUAUAUUAACAGACUGUUGCUAGGGAGACCUCUGCCACUAGUGGCAGCACUCAACUCAAGUCACUUUGUAUUUUGAACAUUCCUCCUGUAAUAAAUUUUGUGCCUAAAACUUUAGUGUGCAAUUGUCAUCAAAGACCCUGAUAUGUAGUGUGACGAUUCUGCAUCAGGUAUAGCUACCAGGGUGGAGUAGACGUGAGGCCCUGUCACACCAGCAUUAAAACAUUUUGGAACAAAAAUGUUUGGCUCAAAGGCUUACUUCAAAGGAAUCGCUGCAAUCAGUCGAUUCUAUUAAGAGGGGAAAUUGUAGUUUAAUUUUGUUCAAUGCUGAGAUGUGAAUUGCCAUUGGCCAAACUAUGGUGGAAGUGGUAACUAUUUUGGGAAUGGAAUGUCAGAGUAUUAAAAAUGUACGAAGCUUUUAUAUUACCAUGUUUGUUCAUCCUGUUUUAUAGAACCUUGAUCCACAAAGGGACACAGUGUGAUCUGCUGUCAGAGGGCAGUAGUCGUUUCCAAAAGCUCAUUGAAAUGAAAACUCUUGUUUUUAUGAGAGCAGGUGAAUGAAUUUUGCAGUUCCACUCUCUGAUCUGAGAUUUAAGCU